AUGUCGAACGCCCUGGUUCAGCUUGGCGAGUCUAUGAAUCAGAUACAGUCGCAGAUGUAUCAUACAGCUGUAUUCUCUAAAGGGAAAAGUUCCAUAUUCGCCAAGGAAAAAGUUCCAUAUUCGCCAAGGAAAAAGUUCCAUAUUCGCCAAGGAAAAAGUUCCAUAUUCGCCAAGGAAAAAGUUCCAUAUUCGCCAAGGAAAAAGUUCCAUAUUCGCCAAGGAAAAAGUUCCAUAUUCGCCAAGGAAAAAGUUCCAUAUUCGCCAAGGAAAAAGUUCCAUAUUCGCCAAGGAAAAAGUUCCAUAUUCGCCAAGGAAAAAGUUCCACAUUCGCCAAGAAAAAAGUUCCACAUUCGCCAAGUAAAAAGUUCCACAUUCGCCAAGGAAAAAGUUCCAUAUUCUCCAAGGAAAAAGUUCCAUAUUCUCCAAGGAAAAAGUUCCAUAUUCUCCAAGGAAAAAGUUCCAUUUUCUCCAAGGAAAAAGUUCCAUUUUCUCCAAGGAAAAGUUCCAUAUUCUCCAAGGAAAAAGUUCCAUAUUCGCAAAGGAAAAAGUUCCAUAUUCUCCAAGGCGAUAAGUUCCAUAUUCUCCAAGAAAAAAGUUCCAUAUUCUCCAAGUGGAAAAGUUCCAUAUUCUUCCAGGGAAAAGUUCCAUAUUCUCCAAGGGGAAAAGUUCCAUAUUCUCCAAGGGGAAAAGUUCCAUAUUCUCAAAGGGGAUAAGUUCCAUAUUCUCCAAGGAAAAAGUUCCAUAUUCUCCAAGGAAAAAGUUCCAUAUUCUCCAAGGAAAAAGUUCCAUUUUCUCCAAGGAAAAAGUUCCAUUUUCUCCAAGGAAAAGUUCCAUAUUCUCCAAGGAAAAAGUUCCAUAUUCGCAAAGGAAAAAGUUCCAUAUUCGCAAAGGAAAAAGUUCCAUAUUCGCAAAGGAAAAAGUUCCAUAUUCUCCAAGGCGAUAAGUUCCAUAUUCUCCAAGAAAAAAGUUCCACAUUCGCCAAGUAAAAAGUUCCACAUUCGCCAAGGAAAAAGUUCCAUAUUCUCCAAGGAAAAAGUUCCAUAUUCUCCAAGGAAAAAGUUCCAUAUUCUCAAAGGAAAAAGUUCCAUAUUCUCCAAGGAAAAAGUUCCAUUUUCUCCAAGGAAAAAGUUCCAUUUUCUCCAAGGAAAAGUUCCAUAUUCUCCAAGGAAAAAGUUCCAUAUUCGCAAAGGAAAAAGUUCCAUAUUCUCCAAGGCGAUAAGUUCCAUAUUCUCCAAGAAAAAAGUUCCAUAUUCUCCAAGUGGAAAAGUUCCAUAUUCUCCAAGUGGAAAAGUUCCAUAUUCUCCCAGGGAAAAGUUCCAUAUUCUCCAAGGGGAAAAGUUCCAUAUUCUCCAAGGGGAAAAGUUCCAUAUUCUCAAAGGGGAUAAGUUCCAUAUUCUCCAAGUGGAAAAGUUCCAUAUUCUCCAAGUGGAAAAGUUCCAUAUUCUCCUAGGGAAAAGUUCCAUAUUCUCCAAGGGGAAAAGUUCCAUAUUCUCCAAGGGAAAAAGUUCCAUAUUCUCCAAGUGGAAAAGUUCCAUAUUCUCCCAGGGAAAAGUUCCAUAUUCUCCAAGGGGAAAAGUUCCAUAUUCUCCAAGGGGAAAAGUUCCAUAUUCUCCAAGGGGAAAAGUUCCAUAUUCUCCAAGGGGAAAAGUUCCAUAUUCUCCAAGGGAAAAAGUUCCAUAUUCUCCAAGGAAAAAGUUCCAUAUUCUCCAAGGAAAAAGUUCCAUUUUCUCCAAGGAAAAAGUUCCAUUUUCUCCAAGGAAAAGUUCCAUAUUCUCCAAGGAAAAAGUUCCAUUUUCUCCAAGGAAAAAGUUCCAUUUUCUCCAAGGAAAAGUUCCAUAUUCUCCAAGGAAAAAGUUCCAUAUUCGCAAAGGAAAAAGUUCCAUAUUCGCAAAGGAAAAAGUUCCAUAUUCGCAAAGGAAAAAGUUCCAUAUUCUCCAAGGCGAUAAGUUCCAUAUUCUCCAAGGAAAAAGUUCCAUAUUCUCCAAGUGGAAAAGUUCCAUAUUCUCCAAGUGGAAAAGUUCCAUAUUCUCCCAGGGAAAAGUUCCAUAUUCUCCAAGGGGAAAAGUUCCAUAUUCUCCAAGGGGAAAAGUUCCAUAUUCUCCAAGGGGAUAA